CCCGCCCCGAGGCGGGGAAUGGAAGGGCGGAAGAGGGGAACCUUUGGUAGCGCGGAACCUUCGCGCCGCCCGUCCCUGUUUCCCGGCGGAGCGGCGCGCGGGGCUCGGCGGCGGUCGCUAUGGCAGCGGGGCCGUGGGGCUGGGGGCUGGCGGCGCUGCUGCUGCUGUUGGCGGUACUGCUCGGCGCCGCGCGCCGCCUGCGGAGCCGUUCCGCCGCGAGAAGCGCGGCGGUGUCGCGGGAUGAUGACGUCAGCGCGCUGCUGGUGACGGCGCACCCUGAUGACGAAGUGAUGUUUUUCGCGCCCACGCUGCUUUCCUUGGGCAGGGCCGGCGCCCGCCUCGCGGUGCUGUGCUGCUCCGCAGGAAACUAUUACAAUCAAGGAGAGAUUCGUAAGAAAGAACUGGAACAAAGCUGUUGUCUGCUGGGGAUUCCUGCAUCCAGUGUGACAGUUGUUGAUCACAGGGAUCUUCCGGACAAUCCUUCUGUUGAGUGGGACACACAGCUCCUCGCCUCCUUUGUGCUGAAGCAUAUAGAAGCCAACAACAUCAACCUGGUGGUAACUUUUGAUGCGGGAGGAGUGAGUGGUCACGCUAACCACAUUUCUCUUUACACUGCUUUAAGGUACCUGCAUUCAGAGCGGAAGUUACCUGAAGGGUGCCGUGUGCUUGUCCUCGAAUCGGUGAAUCUCCUGCGGAAGUACAUCUCCGUCCUGGAUGUGCCCCUUUCCUGCCUCCUGCCCAGAGAUGCACUCUUCGUACUCACAGAGGAGGAGACUGAGCAAGCCAGGAGAGCCAUGCAGUGUCAUCGCAGCCAGCUCCUCUGGUUUCGCCGCAUCUAUAUGCUUUUCUCACGUUACAUGGUGAUCAAUUCGCUCCACCUUCUGUAAAAGACAACGCUUACAACUUCAGAAGAAAAAGAGUAAGCCAAAAAAAGACUGUGCCAGGAUGACCACUAAAGAAACCCCAACUGUUAGACACUCUUGGACAGGAUUCUCUCUGUGUAGUGUUUUUUCAGACUACAAAAAGCAGGUUGUAUAUGAACUUUCUUCUUGUUGCCUGAUAUAUUGCGAUGAAAAGGGUUUAACAGCUGCUCUAUUUUUUCACUGUAGAAGCUUAAAUAGGAUAUGGAAAUUGAAUUAACCUAGUUUGGAGUCAAAAACAGGAGACUCUGUUAGAGAAGACACGGCACAAACUAUUUUUCCUCUGGAAGAUACAGCUAUGAAGACAGCUUGGGAACUUUAUCUCCUGGUGCUUUUGUAAAAUCUAAAUAUUAGGAGUGACUUUUGUAAGAUCAUUCUAUCUUCACAGAUAAAACCAGAACCACAAGACCUGUCUUACUCAGCCAGAGCUUUAAAAAGCCAAAGUUUAUGAAUAAAGCAUCAGAAAGCAUACAGUUUUCUCUAAUUGCACUGAUUUUUGCUGCUACUACUGCUUCUUUGAGACACACUAUGUUGCAGGCUCCCCUUUUCCAGAGCGUCCCUCAUGAAACACAAGCAUUUCUUCUUCAGAACAUGGAGCUUGAGAUCAACUCAAGAGUCUCAACAGAAUCUAAGAAUGAGUUGGAAGAGACCCAGACUGUAACAAAGUCUUUUGUAGAAUACAUGGAGACAAAAAUUGCAAGAGAUGUUUCAAAAGUGGUUCCACAAAGACAACUGCAGGAGUUAAAGAUCCUCUUCCUUUACAUUAAAAGCAGCUUGAAACGCGAAGCUGGGACAAUGAAGUGCCUGUUCUGCUUCUUUGUGCAAAUGCUGCAACUGCAAAAGAAAGAGAAGACCUUCCUAGAAGCAGCAGACGAGUUGAAACACAGGAAUCAGAUCAGAUGUAGCCCAGACCUCUUGAUGACAGAAAUUCCACUGAGAGCUAAAGGGGUUCAUUAGCCUCAAAGAGAGCAACUUUACGGUGAAGGAAUCUCUGAGCUUCUCCCUCUCCCCCAGAGUGCAUCCAUAGCAACUCUGCAGAAUGAACACACCAAGUCAAAGCCUAAGUGCAGAGGAAAACCCAAUUCCUUCCAAAUCUUCACUCCCACGGACAGUUAGUGCCUACAGCCCGGCGACGAUGUGCUGCGGAACGAAGGAGCGCGGGAGAUGCUUCUCUGCUAUCCAGCUGAAAAUUCCCGUCCCAGAAACCACAUGCUAAAUCAGCUCAGAAGCAGCAAAGAAAACACGAACAAAGAGAGCUCCUUCACUGCAGUGCAGUUUGGAUCGGAUCCAAGAGCCUCGUAAGCAGGAGACAGAGACUGCAAAGACACAGCCAUGUUACUUUGUACUGCUGCCCAAUGACCUACUUCUGAAAUUGCUGGCAAGAAACACGCGUCCCCAGCAGCAGGCCCCAUACCCUGGCAAGGGCUGGAACCACCUGUGCAGUCAGUCCAGUCACAAGAUACGGCGUUCUGUGUUUUCAGGUUUGCAUUUAUUUAUACACAGUCACAGUCAGUUGCUUAUUCAUCUAGAGCUUCUGGAGGAAGGGCAGUAUACGUGCUAAAUACUUAACUAGAAAACAAACAACUGCUUUCAUAAGCAGUUUAGUCAGAGGCUUUAGUAAUACUUCAAAAAAAAAAAAAAGAGAGAGUGCUCCAGCAUUUUC